AUGGUCUGCAACAUUGCCCAACAUUUCCGGGAUGGAGCCUUAGGCGAGGAUGUCGCGGUCUCGGAUCCACCCGUAGCCUUAGCCGUGGAGAAUGGCAUGCCACCCUAUUUGAUAGGCAUUGAAUCGAUGGACAUGGCGCCUUUCAGUGCUUCUCGCUUACCAGGCAAUGAUACGCGGUCCAAUUGUCGGAUAGAUGAAACGGACCAGCUUUACUCGACGCAACCAACGCCCACGCUAUUCGAAAACCUCACUGCGGGCUUGGGGAAGUUUGUACUGAAAAUUCAGGCCAACGAUGAGACUGUCACAAAUGAUGUGUUACAAAAAGAAGCGUGCUGUAUCAUGUGCGGGGAUGAUGAUCCGUAG